AUGUCUGUCAAGAGAUUGUGCAGUAAUGUCGCGAUUGUCGCGAAACAAAAUUCGUUUGUGCGCAACUUCUCCGUAUUCCAUGCUCAUUUCGAGAAGCCUCUACCUCCACGAAUGGUGAUCCCCGAAACCGAUCUCAUUGAGUCUUUCCUCAAAGGAAGCGGGCCCGGCGGACAGAAGAUCAACAAGACUUCAUCGGCCGUACAGCUCAAACACAUCCCAACUGGUAUUGUGGUAAAGAGUCAGGAAACCCGUAGCCGCGAGCAGAAUCGCAGGACGGCAAGAAGGAUUCUGGGGGAGAAACUGGAAGAUAUCGAAAAGGGGCCGCAAAGUCGCACGGCAAUCAAAACCGAAAGGGCUCGGAAGAAGAAGGCGAGCGCGGACAAAAAGGCACGGCGAAAGUACCGCAAGCUGGAAGAGGGCAAGGCCGCCGACGGAGAGGAAGAUCAACGGGAUCCAGACGGGCUGGGGGAGAGUGACGGCAUCGCUGAAGAGGAGUCGAUUCAGCACCUCAAGCCAGAGCAAGUGAAUGUGAAGGAGGUUCGUGAGUGA